UCAGUGACCCCCAAACCCCCCGGGGAGCUGGGACUGUCCCAUGGAGGUGCCCAAAUCCCACAGGAACGGCCCCAAACCCGGCAUUGCCCCCUGAGAGGGGCAGGGACCCCAAAUCCUGCCCUGGAUCCCCUGAGCUGGUGCUUCCCAAACCAUGGAAUUCCCAGAUUUAUCCCAUUGCACCCCAAACCCUGCCAGAAUUCCCAGAUUUCUCCCAUUUCACCCCAGAAUUCCCAAAUUUAUCCCAUUGCACCCCAGAAUUCCCAGAUUUCUCCCAUUUCACCCUAAACUCCACCAGAAUUCCCAGAUUUAUCCCAUUUCACCCCAAAACUCCACCAGAAUUCCCAGAUUUAUCCCAUUGCACCCCAGAUUCUCAGAUUUAUCCCAUUUCACCUCAAACCCCACCAGAAUUCCCAGAUUUCUCCCAUUUCACCCCAGAAUUCCCAGAUUUCUCCCAUUUCACCCCAGAAUUCCCAAAUUUUUCCCAUUUCACCCCAGAAUUCCCAGAUUUCUCCCAUUUCACCCUAUACUCCACCAGAAUUCCCUGAUUUAUCCCAUUUCACCCCAAAACUCCACCAGAAUUCCCAGAUUUAUCCCAUUGCACCCUAAACUCCACCAGAAUUCCCAGAUUUCUCCCAUUUCACCCCAGAAUUCCCAGAUUUCUCCCAUUUCACCUCAAACCCCACCAGAAUUCCCAGAUUUUCCCAUUUCACCCCAGAACUCCCAGAUUUCUCCCAUUUCAGCCCAGAAUUCCCAGAUUUCUCCCAUUUCAGCCCAGAAUUCCCAAAUUUAUCCCAUUUCACUCCAGAAGUCCCAGAUUUCUCCCAUUUCACCCCAGAAUUCCCAAAUUUAUCCCAUUUCACUCCAGAAUUCCCAGAUUUCUCCCAUUUUCCCCAGUCCCCCCAGGCUCAGUGGGAUCAGGUGGGGUUUCCCUUUUCCCCUGGCUGGAUUUGAUCCAGUCUGGAUUCCAUGGAUCCGGCCCCUGCUGGUGCUACUGCCCCCCAAAACCCCUGGGGACCCCCAAACCUCCCCCCCAGGGUGCCCAAAGCAGCUUCAGAACUUUUAAUGUCAUUUUGAUUUCUUUCUUAAUUUUUUAUUCCCCUUUUUCUACUUCUUUUUUUUUUAUUCCUUUAAUUUUUAAUUCCGUUUUCCUUCUCUUUUAAACUUAAUUUUAAUUUUUUAAAAUUUUGCUUUUAUUUCCUUUCUCUGUUUUUAUUGCCUUUUUAUUUCUUUAUUGAAUUUUUACUUGCACUCCUUUUUUAAUUCAAUUUAUUUUCUUUUUUAUUUCCCUUUUAACUUCGUUUUUUUUUUUCCUUUUCUUACUAAUUCAAUUUAAUUUCAAUUUUUUUGUUUUUAAUUUCCAUUUUAACUCCACAUUUAAUGCCACCAAGUGAAUCCAAAGCUUCUCCCCACUAUUAUUCAUUUUUCCUGCUUUUCCGCAGUUUCCCGGGACGAUGCUGUAUUUAAAGAGAAUAUUUAAGUGGAAAAAUAAAAAGUGGUUAAACUUGA